AAUUGUAUUGAGGUUUCUAUGGGUCUCUUAUCCUGAAGACUUGCUCGCUUUUUUUCUUAUUGUGAAUUUAAACACAAUCAGCUUCGUUUGAGAAUAUGUGUUUGAGAUAAUAAACAUUUCAUAGGGAAAAGGUGCGUGGUGUUUAGUCGACGGGUUUUUCGUUCAUUUUACAAUCGGACGUUCUGAAGCUCAGGCAAUCUUGUAAUCUUAGCCUGAGGGCUUCAUUCUGACAAACCAUGGAGGACAAGCGCAAGAAGCGGAGCCCAAAAGUGUCUCUCCCCCAGCCCCCUCCACCCCCAGUAAACCCCCGCAAGCUCUCUGUCCUCCCUUCCAGCAAGAGUGCAACCUUCUCCCUUGGCCUUCCCCAACCCCCCUCCCCAAAAAACCGUGGCAAGUUCAAGAGGUCCAUUGGGGCAGCAGGACAGCCCAAAGAUGUGCUCAGUGUGGUUGUAGCAGCUCCACCAAAGACAACAAGGCCUCAUAAGGAGAAGGCCAGGGCUCCCCAGCCAGCAGGCCCCAGUAAAGUGUCCCAGUCCUCCCCUCUGCAGCACUCAUUCCUUACUGACGUCUCUGAUGUGAGAGAGAUGGAGGGAGGCCUCCUUAACCUGCUCAAUGAUUUCCACUCUGGAAAACUGCAGGCUUUUGGCAGGUACGUAAAGGCGGUAAUGACUCUUGCUGUGUCUUCCAAGGGAAGGUGUGCUCCUUUGAGCAACUGGAGCACGUUCGUGAGAUGCAAGAAAAGUUGGCUCGGCUGCACUUCAGUCUGGACAGCCAUGUGGAGGAGCUGUCAGAGGACCAGCGGAAGUGUGCCUCUGACCACAACCUUGAGCACCUGCUCUGCAAUCUGGAAGAACUCAGCAGCUCAAUACAAAAACUGCACCUUGCUGAGAACCAGGACCUGCCCAAGACGUCUGGACCUUGAUAAGGGACAUUAAAAUGACAGUUCGCUCUUUAUUACCACAACAACAAGGAAAAGUUGAAAUGAUGUUGAUCCAAUAGCCUUAGCACCAAAACUGGGCCAUAUAGACUCCUGGUUAGAUAAUGAUUUGUAGACGAUUGAAUGAUUCAAUCUGGUGUCAAGCACAUUAUCUGCGAUCUAGAUACAAAUAUUCCACAUUCUUAGCACAAAUUCUGCUUAUUUUCGUUUUUAUGAAUUGUGUUGCCUACAUCUUUUGUGAAGGAAUAUUUACAAAAUUGAAGAAUAGCCUUUAAAUUCGUAACAGUCAGAGUACUGCAGCAGGCUAUGCUGCUGAAUCGUGUGUGUGUGUGUUUCAGUGUGGUGGUCUAUUCAGAACUGAAUUCCACCCAUUAACCUGAAUUGGGCACAUCCCAAAGAUAGCAUUUUAUUUUAACGUAUUCCCCAUUUAUCUCCCCAAUUUCGUGAUAUUAGAUUUUUGACAAAGGUCCUGCUUCAUCGAACUAACAGCUGAUGGACUUUGGGCACUCAUUAUUAAGAUGGGUGUCUUCCGAAGCACAUCUGAUGCCAUUCUGGUUCUCAUCAUGCUUCUCACACAACAAGGAAGUUAAUACCUAGCCCCUCUGGCCUUCUACCUUGGUUGAGCUUACAGACCCCCAUGCCGCCACAAGGAGUCGCUAGAGUGCAGCAAGGUAACCAUAUUAGAUUACAAAGCUCCCCAAACCUGGAUGGUGCCAGGCUGGCCAGUUGCGCAUUCCCCCGUGUGACCCCUGGUUGAAUCCAUAAGCAGGAUUCUAACCCUGGUCAAGCAAUGACACAGCUAACUGCAAGGCAGUGACUUUACUGCUAAGCCUGUCCCUGAACAUUUUAUAAGUUUAUAUGUUGUCAUGUAUUGAAAUCAAAUCAAGUGAGAUGUGAAAUGCUCAUUCAUGGGAAAAAUAUUUUACUAAAAUAAUAUGUCACCUAAUAAUGCAAAUAAAAAUAAAUACAAAAAAUUAUAAAAUAAUAAUACCCUUUGAAAUUUGAUAGCAACUCAAAAAAAUGCUUACUCCUUCCAUAAACAAUAUCAAAAUAAACAUUUGUAUCUUAAUGGGUUGACAUAACUCAAUUGAAUUUCAGUGACCUAAUUACAUGAAUUCAGUUUGAAAUUGGCUUGCUGAAAGGUGUGACCUGUUCAUAUACAUUUCUCAGCUCAAUUCAGAAUUGAACCCAACCCUGGUGUGUUGUGGGUGUGUGUGAAAGUGCGUGUGCAUCUGUAAAUUGGACAAAACAUGAGCCUGUCCUUCCUUUUCAAAGGGCCACAUAAUUUAUAGUCUCAGAGAAGUUAUUUGAUUGUUAAGCACUGACAGGCAUAUUGUGCUUUUUGUCCCCAAAAUUGUCAUGAUCAUGUCUUUACUGAAAUUAUGGACAUCAUUAUAUUUCAAAUUGCUGGAUAUACUGAAUGAGCACAGCCAUAUUGUUAACUGUAGCAACAAGAACAUGUUUGCCCAUGUUGCCAAAGUUACUGUGGAUCAGCUCAGGACCUUGGGAUGCUUGUCCUGAUGUUAUUAUCUUCUGUUAAAAAGAAAAGAUGAUUAGGAACAGUUAGAAAUUUACUAAGGUGGUCAUAAACAUGUGAGGGUUCCCAAACUUGGUUUUGGGGAGUUUUAUUUUUGUUGGGCAAGGGUUGGGUGUAAUUUUGCAUUUUACUUAAUUUUUUUUCUGUCAUUAUUUUAAAUCUAGACAAAAGUCCUUAUCUGCUUACACAUGCAACUGAAAUCAAGUUGUUUUGGUACUUUCCUUUAUACUCUAUCUUAGUUUCCCAGUCAGAUAAGCGUAAACCUGGACUAAUAAUGAAGCUCAGUGUUGGACUAGGCUUAAUCUGUGUAGAGGAAACCAUACCUAUGGCCUGUUUUUGUGUACAAUGUUUAAGCAUAGUCUAGGACAAACAAAUCCAGAUCAAUGGAGAUAAGCUUAAUGUGUGUCCGCCAAACUGGACCUGUAUGUUUGCAUGUGUCCAGUGCUUUAUCCACAUGGUGACUGUAAUGGAAGGUGGAUGUUAGGUGGAUCUUCCUGAGGUUAACUAACAAUCCAUAUAAAUAAUCAGGUUAGACAUUCUGCCUGCUCCUCAAACACUUGGUUCAAUUGGGAUUAGGAGCAUUUAAAACAUUCUGGUAAAAUAGUAAGAAAUAGAUGUAAUCUUUGUAAAAAAUAGGUUGUUCAUUUACAUUUACACAUUUAUGUUAUUUCAGUAAUUUCCCUAUGGACGUAACAUUUGCUACAUUGCACUGGGUAAUGUUUUUAAGCACACUAAUUACAGGAAAUACUAAUGACAGUACAAAGGUUUAUAGUCAUCAUGAUUCCACAAAAUGGAUUACUUGAAGCAUAUCAAUAUAUUUGGAUAUGUAUUCUCUUGUCAGUGUUAGAUCUAAUUCUCUAUUGCAAUGGUGGCAAGAAACAAAUGGUGCACUCCUACAAAUGUCUGGCCUCAGUACCACACACACUGAUGUAGGUUUUAAACUAUCAUGUAGCCAGUAGUAGGAGGAUUAUUCAUUCAAGGUAAACAAUAAGGAAAGGUUCUCUAUUUUGGCUGGUUCUCUAUUUUGGCUGUAAGCUAUAAACAUUUCCCCAGAGAUAUGAGCUGAUAAGUGGCCACCACAUGCUCUCAACCUUCUUGCCCAUAGCCAUUGACAGUGCUGCAAACCCACCGUGCUAAAGAAAUUGGUUUUUUAAACACAGGGGUGCUCCAGUUUAUAUUUUGUGUUUUAUUCACAGUUUGAGUUCAAAUGUAUUUUUUUUGUUUGUUUUUUUUACACUGAGUUCAACCAGCCCUCCACUGUACUAAAUUACAAACUGUCCGUAGAAAUGCGACAUAUUUAUAAAUCUGUUCUGGUUUAGCAAAGGCGAGUUAUACAAUGUCAGAUGUAAAUGUUGUGUUUUUAUGAAAUUAACUUAUGUGAGGGAAUGUCUAAAAUGUUUGACUUUAAGCUUGAUUUAUAUAUUGUAGACCCAUGGUAUGAAACUGUCAUUGUAGCCUGUCCAACCUUCUCACAACUCUGUGAAGAAAUUGUACAACCAAGGCAUGUCAUAAUGUAAUGCUGUUACUUGCUGGCUCUGCAUUGGCACUGAGCUAUGUUAGCUUUAAAACUUUCAGGCAUUUGAGUUGUAGCUGCACUAUUAACAGCAGAAGCAAUCCUUCAAAGCACAAGCCAGCUCAACCAGCCACUGCAAUGCUGCAAAGCCAUGGAUAUUUACCCUCCUCCGGUUACGGUAGAUGUGGAACAAUUGAUGUGUGUCUAUGAGGUAUAAAUCGUGAAUACUAAAUUGAAAAAGCCGUUAUGCAGUACUGUCUCAGGUUGAGCUCAGAAUACCCAAGUAGCCAGGUCGUUUUGAGACUUGCAAAGACGUUUUUGUCAGUUGAUGGUAGACAUGUUGGCCAUAGGAACAGAUGGAGUACCAUCUCUAUUGUUCACAAGGGAGCUCCAGUCCAUUUGCUGUGAUUUUAUAGAAGUUGCUCAACUGUAAACCAAAUUGGUAUGCCUAGAUUAUAUUCUUAUUCAUAGGGCAGUGUCAUCCGUUUUAAAAUGUUGAGCAUGGUGUGUAUGGAAGUAGAGUCAUUUUCGGUUUAUCACAAGUGUAAAAUAAGACACCUUUGUUUUACUUCACCUUGCCGAGCCUACCUCUUUCCAAUAUGGCCUGGACCGAAGUCCUGUAAGGGAUUUGACUACUAGGACCAUGUUGCAUAUCUCUUAAUGAGAACUACCUUCUCAAGGAACUUGACAUUUUAUGCAUUCUUGUCCUUCGCUUUGCUAUAAUUUCAUUGUCAUUUAACCCUGUACAGCUAACUUUUCAUUUAUUGACUUGUAAAUAAACGCAAAACAUGUAAAUCAG